AUGUCCAAUUUACCUCAAAACGAGUUCGAUGACUCCGAUUUAGAGGGACUAUCUCCAUCCGUGAAACAUUAUGUCUAUGAAGGACCAGAUCAAUUUUCUCGAAUCUUUAGACUUGAAAAAGAUCGUUGCCUACGUUCAAUGCCCAAUGCCGUUGAAACUCCCACCAACCCCGUUACGACAACUGGGAGCCUAAGUACGAAAGUACAGGCAGAGACUGAGAUCAACGAAUACUUUGUCCUUUCGAUCGAUGCAAGCACAUUCGAACGGGAUUUCGCCGAUGACGGAAUCGAUAUUCCUCACAUAGUAUCAUCCGAAUACAGCGCACAGAAAAGCCGUUUGGUGAUUAAGAUGCCGAACCCGGUGCAUAACCAAGUCGGCAUAGCCCUCCACGGCGCCAUUAAAACGGCCCUUGUGCCUAUGAGGCUUCACAACAUGGUCUUUAGCUGGGGAACGGUCAAUGUUGACGUGGGUAGUGGCCGGAUGAAGCAAGCAGACAUGGGGUGGGGACCCCGAAGAUGCUCUCCUGGGACUCCCAAGAAACCAACGGUAGUGCUUGAAGCUGGUGUCUCGGAGAGCCACAAGAGGCUCUUCCACGACAUGGAGACUUGGCUGAACCCCCACAAGGGGAACGUUAGGAUGGCACUCUCCAUAAAAGUGGUGAGAAAUCGACGCAAGUUGACGAUCGAAAAGUGGGUAUGGGACGCCACGAACCGCAUACCCAGCAAAGUUCAGGGUAUCGUCCUUGAGAGGAACGAGACAGGUCAAACGACAAGUCGCGGGGGGGAUCUGAUGAUUCCUUUCAGGGACAUAUUCCUGAGAGAUACUGAGAGUUCUCGGGAAACCGACAUCACCAUCGACACGGGGGAACUGCAAGCCAUUGCCGAACUCGCAUGGGACAUGCAGUUUCAAGAUGAGGAUGAAGAUGAAGAGUAG